CUGCGUAUAAUUGAAACUUUGGCGGAGCGGCGGAAGUGGUCCUCUUAAUCUUGACCCGAUGGAGUUGAGAAAGGACGCCAACGGCGCAAGUGCCCGCGUUGGGAAAACAACCUACGAUGCCCUCCCGUAUAUAUCAUCAUCUCUGCCCGGCCGUCCUCUGCUCUGAACUCUCUUUCCUACGAUCCAUAGUGUUCAGCUUCACUUGACUUGUGUGUCUAUCUCAUUCCUUCGUUCAACUUUUGUCAUUCUUUUUACUUGACCAGGUAGUCAUUCAUUCUUUUCGGUCCUAGACCUCCAACAACACUCAUUCCUCCAACCGACCUCGAUAUUCUCACAGUCAAGCCAACCCCUUUUUUGAACAACUCUCAAACAAAAAACUCCAAAUCGCAAAAAUGAAGUCCGCUAUCGCCUCCCUUCUUGGAUCCGCAGCCCUGGUGGCUGCCCACGGUUACGUCUCCGAUGGUCUCAUCAGCGGCACGAACUACACCUUCUACCAGCCCUACCAGGACCAGUACAUGAGCCCGGCCCCCGAGCGUAUCUCCCGUCCCAUUCAGGGCAACGGCCCCGUCGAGGACCUGACCAGCAUUGACCUCCAGUGUGGUGGCUACACCGCCGGUGGUGUCAAGGGUUCCUCCCCCGCCAAGCUCGUCGCUGAUGCCAAGGCUGGUGACGAGGUCACCCUCAACUGGACUCUCUGGCCCGAGUCUCACAUUGGCCCUACCAUCACCUACAUGGCCAAGUGCGCCGGUGAUGACUGCACCACCUUCACCCCCAACACCGACAAGGUCUGGUUCAAGGUCCAGGAGUCCGGCCGUGAGGGCACUUCCGACACCUGGGGUGCCACCUCUCUCAUGACCGCUGGCAACUCUGGUGUCAAGUACACCAUCCCCGAGUGCCUUGCCCCCGGCCAGUAUCUCGUCCGCCACGAGAUCAUCGCCCUCCACGCUUCCUACUCCUACCCCGGCGCCCAGUUCUACCCCGGAUGCCAUCAGAUCAAGGUUACCGGUUCCGGCAGCACCAGCCCCUCUGACCUGGUUGCCUUCCCCGGUGCUUACGCCGCCACUGAUGCCGGUAUCACCUACGAUGCCUACAAGGCCCAGGAGUACACCGUCCCCGGCCCUGCCGUCUUCUCCUGCUCCGGCUCUGGUUCCGGCUCCGGCGCUGCUUCCUCCGCUGCCCCCGUUGCCACCUCUGCUGCCGCCACCUCUGCCGCUGCUGCUACCUCCGCCCCGGCCGCCACCUCUGCCCCUGCCACUUCCGUCGCUUCUGCUGCCACCCCCAGCCAGACUGCCACCGAUGAUGAGGAGGACUGCCCCGUUGAGUCUGCCUCCGCUACCGUCAGCGCCGCUGCCACCGUCCCUACUCUUGCCGCCGACGAGGAGGAGGACUGCCCUGCCGAGUCCGAGGUCCCUACUGCCACCGCCACCGCUGCCCCCGUCGCCACCCCUACCCAGGCCGCUGACGACGAGGAGGACUGCCCCGCUGAGUCCUCUGCUGCUCCCGUUGCCACUCCCACUCCCACUCAGGCCGCUGAUGACGAGGAGGACUGCCCCGUUGAGACCCCCUCCGCGACCGCUGUCGCCAAGCGCAUGAGCAUCCACGACCGCCGCAUUCAGGCAUAAGCGAUUUCCACGAUACCAUGGUAUCUGGUCUCGAGGGUUGAAGCGACCCAGAUGGCUCAGGGGAUGAUGAAGCUAUCCGGCUCGUAGUGGGCGUUUACACUUGUGGCGCCCGCGAAUCUGAUUCGGUCCAGGACCAAUCUCUUUCAUGUACAAAGUCUUUCCUGUAUACCGCUUUACAUAAAAUAUAUAUCAUAACGAUAUAGAUCGUACCAUUUGUCACGUUCA